CUUCAGAGAUAAGCUCUCAUCAUGGCCGAAAAUUGGAACAAAGGACUGUAUUGAACUGAGAGAGUUCUCUGAUUUUCUCCGGGGUUGUGAAGCAGCAAUGUCUCAGAUAAAGAGUCUCGAGGUUUUAAAUGACUGCAGUGAGAACCAGAGAAUGCUCAACAAGUUGCCUGAUUGGCUUACAGCAAGAUGGAAUAGACAAGUCAUUCAGAUUGAAGAGGAGACGGGUUCAUUUCCAACAUUUAGCAACUUUGUUGACUUUGUCACAAGAGAAGCUAAAAUAGCAUGUAACCCAGUGACAUCGCUACAUGCUCUCAAGGCAAAUGACUCAGAGAAAGUGAAAACUUUAAAGGCUCAAAGUGUCUGUGCUAAGGCCUUUGCAAGCAGCACAGAAGAGAGAACAGAAACAAACAAAUGUGUUUUCUGUGAAAAAUUAAAUCAUGACAUUCAGAAUUGUCGGAAGUUUAUGGAGAAAGCCAUACCUGAAAGAGUGAAGUUUGUAAAAUUAAAAAGACUAUGUUUUGGAUGUCUCAGUUUUGGACACCAAUCCAAAAAAUGUGAAAGAAGAAGCAUUUGUAACACCUGUAAGGGAAAACACCCAACAUGUUUACACGAAGAACGGGACAAAGAGUCCAGAAGAAACAGGGACAGCGAUGAAGAACAAAGUGAAGUGAAAGUAACCAAAGCACAAGGUAAAGAAAUAUCAAAUGAAGCAAUCUCAAACCGUGUGAUCCAAGGUGAUAAGAGCAAUCUUACAUCUACAGUGAUUCCAGUUUGGUUAUCCACAGCAAGCAAUCCAGAACAGGAAAUAUUAGUAUACGCCCUUCUGGAUAGUCAAAGUGACACUACAUUUGUUCUCAAAGAAAAGGCAGAUGCUCUGGACACAGAGAAAAGAGAAGUACAUUUAAAGCUCUCUACAUUGUCAUCUAAAGAUACGGUUGUUCCAAGUCAAAGGCUCUCUGGGCUACAAAUCAGAGGCUUCUACUCUUCAAAGAGAAUCCCUCUUCCUAUGACAUAUACUAGAGAUUUUAUUCCUGCCAAUUUAAGCCAUAUUCCCACACCAAAGACUGCAAGAGCAUGGCCUCACCUGGAGCACCUGGCUGAAGAAAUUGCCCCUCUUAUUGAAUGCGAUGUUGCUCUAUUAAUAGUUUAUAACUGUUCGCAAGCAUUGGCACCAAGAGAAGUUGUGUCAGGAAAGGACAAUGAGCCCUUCGCUCAAAGGACAGAUCUCGGCUGGACAAUAGUCGGAGGUGUUGAUCAUUGUGUUGACUAUGGGGAAAUUAUUGGAUGUAGUCACAGGAUAAUUAAGGAAGUAACACCCAGUUCACCAUCUGAUCAGCUAUCUAAAGAGGUGCACUUUAUUUGCCGCACUCAGGUCAAGGAAGUUUUCACGCCAUCAAGUGUGAUUAAAGUUCUCAAAUCUGAUUUUAAUGAAAAGAAAGUGGAAGAUUCUCAUCUCUCUCAAGAGGAUUUAUGUUUCAUUUCUAUAAUGGAAGAUGGAGUGAAAGUUAAAGAAGAUGGACAUUGUGAUCAACCCAGUGGAGAGGUUAAGGUGGGAGAAGCUGGAUUAGAAGACCCAGAAGUAUGGAAAGUAUUUGCGAACCACAAGCUGGCAAGUAUAGAUUCUUUGGCGGAACGUUUUGUGAAGUUCUCCAGCUGGUCAAGACUAGUCAAAGCUACCGCAAGGCUCAUCAGAUUUGGGAAAGAGUUUAAGAGAAAGCAAAAGAGAACCAAUGAACCUACAAGUCUUGAAGAAAGACAAGAAGCUGAACUUGCGAUCAUAGCCAUCGUACAAGGCUCAGUCUUCUCCAAAGAGAUCAAGGAGCUUCAGUCCCGAAAGGAGUUAACGAAAGACAAGACAAAUAAGCUCCAUAGACUCAACCCCUUUCUCGACCACAAAGGUGUCCUCAGAGUGGGAGGUAGGUUAGAGCAAGCUACUCUUCAUCCAUACGUCAAGCACCCAGCUAUUUUACCAAAGACAAGCCACAUCACAAGGUUACUGAUUGAUCACUAUCAUCAACGUGUGAGACAUCAGGGCCGGAGCAUGACAAUAAAUGAGAUAAGAGCAAAUGGCAUUUGGAUACUUGGAUGUAGUCAAGCAGUGUCAUCCUAUAUCUACAACUGUGUCAAAUGCAGGAAAUCCAGACGAGGAACAGAAGCACAGAAAAUGGCAAACCUGCCUAAUGAGAGCAUGGAAACAACCUCCCCAUGCACACAUCGUGGGAGGGCUUGUUUUGGCCCGUUUUAUGUCAAAGAAAGACUUCAAUACCUAGCCACUGAGUGCUGGAAAAGAUGGAAAAAGAAAUAUUUGUUGGGUCAACAUCACAGACAAAAAUGGCAGAAAACAAGAAGAAAUGCAAAAGUCAAUGACAUAGUCUUCAUCAAAGAUGAACCAGCACCAAGAAACGACUGGAAACUUGCUAAGGUCACAGCAGUUUAUCCAAGUGAAGAUGGAUGUGUGCGAAAGGUGCAGCUAUUGAUCAGUGACUCUUCCUUCGAUAACCAUGGCAAGAGACAGACUAAACAAGUAUACUUGGACAGACCUAUUCAUAAGACAGUGACAUUGUUGGAGGCAGGGUAGACGCUCUUUUAAGUUAUUAAGGAAAUCACAAGUGAUUUGGUGGGAGUGUAGCUGCCAUCAGAGUCAACUCAUUUAAAUAUUCUAAUAUUUAGUUCAAAACGAGAGUUAAUACAUAAUAGUAUUGAAAUUAAAAGUUUAAUCAUAAAUAAAUAAAUAACUUUCAGUAAAUUUAUGUUUUUGUACAUUGGUUAAAAAGCUCAUUAAAAUGUAAGGAGGAACCUAUGUUUUUUGUUCCGCAUUUCACGUUGUUGCCCACGGGAAGAUUGAUUGACACAAUUCUUUUUUUUGCACGUUUCUUCAAGAAGUUUCACCAGAAAGCUUUAAGACUGAUUUUCUAAGAAAAGCUGUAUAAGUUAUCUUUAUUCCUCUGGAGUUUAUGCGGCCAAUGAGUUCUGACGGCAUUUUUUGGGGCUUUAUAAGACGUGUCCACAAUAAAUGGCUGUUAAAACCAAAAGAACGACGUUGAGCCUUGAUUAUCUCUAGAGGAGUAACAA